AUGGCUUUUGGGGGAGAAUGGGAGGAGAAAGCCACGUUCCCAAAAUUGGGUGCCAUUUCAGGCGGUGCUUGGUUGUUGGGUGCUGAAACAGUCAAUGGGAAGAUUUACAUCUUUGGCGGACAAGAUGAUUUGCAGCCUGCGGGCAAAUUUGUGCAUGUAUACGACCCAGAUAAAGACGUAUGGACCAAACUCAACAAAUGGCAGAGGGGCAGAUUUCGGUUAGACAGUGCUGUGAUAAGAGGGAAGAUUUACGCCGUUGGAGGAACAGAGGAUAAUUUCCAAGCGGUCCCUUUCUUGGAUGAGUAUGAUCCCAAAACCGACACAUGGACCGCUAAAGCCGAUAUGCCAACCGCCAGAAUGAUGACAGCUACUGCUGCGGUGGGUGGAAAGAUUUAUGUCAUUGGUGGCGCGGAAUCUUUCUUCUUUCCGUCAGCCGCUGUCGAGGUCUAUGACCCCGUAACCGACACAUGGGAGAAAAAGGCGGAUAUGCCUAACCCAAGGUGGGCGGCAGGUGCUUUUGCUGCUAGAGGGAAGAUUUACGUUUGUGGUGGUGCCGUAGACCAGAGUCAUCAAAAGUAUACCGACCUAACGGAAGAAUACGACACGAAAACGGAUACUUGGACGAAGAAAGCAGAUAUGCCGGUCGCCUAUCACGAUAUGUCAGUGAGUUUCGUCAACAACGGGAAAGCUUAUGCCAUCGGGGGAAAGGCAUUUGGCGGUAACGACAGAGAUGGACGCCUAUCUGACAAGUGGCGCUAUCAUUGGACGGUUUUUGAAUACGAUGUAGAGAAGAACAAGUGGACACGGCUGAAAGACGAGAUGCCGACCCCACGGGCAAGUUUAGCCACAACCGUUCUGGACGGGAAGAUUUACGCCAUUGGGGGGCAUGUUGGCAUCCCCGGGAUAACAGAGGUAUACACCCCCGACGGCUGGCCCUUCCCCAAGGCUUUUUCCGUCUCGCCUCAAGGCAAGCUGGCGACGAAGUGGGGGGAAAUUAAGCGCAACCAAUAA